CUGUAAUAAAUAUGAUGCGUAAUGGGUAGAAUAUGGGAAUAAAAAACAAGAUUCGACUGUAGCAAAGGUGCCAAAAGAAGGCUGCCAACACACAAUUUUACGAAGUCUUUGUAGCAUUCGUAUCUUUGCCUAAAUGCAAGUGAGAUUGUGUCAUGUGUAUGGUGCUACUGGUGCGGUGGAAAACGUAUUAGUGGUUGUGGGUGGUUGGGUGUGCGAAAUGUGGAAAGUUCGAUGAAACAUGAGAGACAAAAACGCGUAGAACGGUGUCCGAUGAUCUAGGAAAGUGGUUUCAAAAUGGCCACAAACACAAAUGCAACAGCAGAACAAAGCGAAGUUACGAUGACAAAGUCGCCGCACAAUCGCCAAGAACAGACACCAAAUUUUGAGCCACUUGAUAAAUCAUCGAGUAACACUUUGAAGAGAAAUCCAAAGAUGGAACUCAGCAAGACUGAUCUUCUCAAACUUCUUAGUUAUUUAGAAGGCGAACUUCAAGCACGAGAUAUUGUCAUCGCUACCUUGAAGUCUGAGAAAUUGAAGCAGCUGUUAAAUCAGGGGCGAUACAGAGUGAUGCCUGCUAAUGAUCCAGUAGCAGCUCUACAGCGAGAUAGCUUUGCAGCAGCAGAACCUAGAGUUGAUGAGGCAGAAAUUCGGGCCAUUGCAAACCAGCAAAUGGCAACAUUAGACAACUUGAUUUUACAACAUCGUCGAGCUCAGAUAAAACUUGGUCGUAUUUUGAAAGAAGCAGAGGAGAGGCAUCGCAAGGUAGUUCAAGAACUAGAUGAAGAAAAGAGAAAACAUGAACAUGAUACAGCUCAGGGUGAUGAUAUUACAUAUGGGUUGGAAAAGGAACGUAUGAGACUCAAACAGGAAUUGGAGUUAGAAAAGCAAAUGAAAAAGAAACUUGAGAAAGACCUAAAGAAAUCAAAUGAUACGUUGGAAGAAGAAAGAUCUCGACAAAAACAAAUAGUACUUUUAUUGCUUGCAGAAAGAAAAAGAUUAAUCAUGAAGUACAUAGAAGAAAGAAAACGGUCGGAAGAUCUAGCUCAGAUCCUUGCUGAGGAGAAGGGACGCAUCGAUUCAAUGGCUGAAGGACUUGAGGAAGAAAGUAAGAAAUCAUUACAGAUGGAGGCAGAACUGGAGAAGCAGCUUGCACAGUUUGAUACAGAGCGACAACAGUUGAAAGCUGCGGUAGCCAAAGAAGAGAAGAAGAGCAAAGAACUGCAAGCAGAACUGGAGAGAGCUCAAGGAGAACUAGACAGUCUGCGAAAGCAGCUAGCGGAAGCUCAUCAAGUUGCCAUGUUUCAAGCUGGUGCAAGCCCCCCACGAAUGGUUCUACCAGCUCGUCCUGUGCUGACUACAUCACCACCACAACCACCAGCAAAACCUGUGGUUAUACUACCACAGACUGCACCAAGACCUCAGCCUCCAUCUGUUGGGCCACUGACACCACCAAAAGUAGGCACGUGGACUGUAAGUGAUGGAAGUGUAUCACCACCACCACCUUCACAGUCUGCACAACCUCCUGCUGCAGGGACUCCAAUGAUGAGUAGUGUUGCCAAAGUUGUACAACCUACUGCCACUGUGUCCAGUGUACCUGUGUGUGGGCCAACAACAGGCAUUGCCCGCUCUGUUUCACCAGGACAAGGUUUAAGGACAGCCCCUUUUUCUGCAACUACAACAUCUGAUGCAAGAUCUGCACCACCAUCAGGAAACUGGAUGGCCACGACUGCUGAACAACUUGUGACACAGGAUAAACGUGCACAGGUAGUGCAAGUAACACCACGUGUCAGUCUGACGACGUCACCAAGCUCCAAGGUGUUUGCAUCUCAGGGUAACAAAGUAAUGUUUCAUGUGACAUCUAGUACUGCUGUUCAACCGGAGACUCAAACUCCUCCCAAAAAAGUAGCUGCCCCCAGCAGGGGUGUUCCCCCUCCUGUACCUCCAAAUAAACCUAUAGUGCCACCAAAGAAAGAAGCUGUUGUAAGACGAUCUGAGCCCUCAUCCAACACUUCUGAAGCUGUGGACGGAAAGAAGAAAUAUGCAGUUGCCAAAGAAAAAGUGCAGGAAGGUGAAGUGCAUGAGAAUAGGAGAGAACCACAGUCGUGAUGCUGACUGGGACGUGUGGAAGUGGAGGAUAUUGAGCAUUUUUAAAUGUAUGGAGACUUCCAUCCAGAAUGCUUGGGAGUUAGGAAGAAUGCGAAAGAAAGUUCAGCACGUAACUGCUGUAUGCUAAAAGUCAAUUUCAUUUGAACUGAUGUAUUGGUUUUCAAACAACUUGCAGAAAGGGAAAUAGGUGAACAGAUACUUACAGAAAACUUAUUGAAAUGCUGAUAAUAGAGAUUCAUUGGUUUGGCAUAAUGUUAAAAAUUAAUAGCUCUUAUAAGAACAUUUGUGAACAUUCUGUGUUUGAUCUGAGACUUAAAAGUUUUUAUUAUGCUUUAAAAAUAUAUGUGUUUGCUUUGCAAACUCAUUUUUUAUCGCUGUCACUGUGUCAGUUAUAAAUAUUUAGUGAAAUAUACAUUGUAGUUACCAUUGCCACUAGCAUAUGAUUGUCUAAAUCAAUUACAUUGUUGAAUGGAUUAUUAAGGUAGUUAAUCAAUAAGUAUUCACUUUUCUGUUGAUGUUGAUUAUUUAAAAAAUAACAAUUCUAUAUGCUUGAGUUUUAUAUUUGUGGAGAAGUCAGAGAGCAUUUGCUUCACUCCUAAGAGAGUAUUAGGAUUGUAAUGUAACAAAUACAUCAUAAUUAAGAGAACACAUAAUAUAAAAAAUAAUAUGGAGAGUAAUAAUGUGAUAAAAAGUCAUAAUGAUGAUUGUGCAGUUUACUUUUUUAUUGUUCUUUCAUCUAAGAGAAUCAUAAUUUAUUAACUUUUCAGUAAAUUCAGAGGUAAUCUCUCUGACUUACGGGCCUAGUGAUAUUUGCAGCAAAAAAUAAGUAUGUACAAAAACUAAACUAAAUUUACACGUAUGUGGGAAGUUCAACAUCUCUUCAUAUGGUUUAUUUACAUGUCAAGUAUUUUAUGAUAUUAUGAUAUUAAAUUGUUCUAUACACUUUACUUUAAUUUUUCGAAAGUAUCGAAAAUCGAGUUAAUGUUUGAUUAAUUUUGCUGCCACUCAUUUAUGCUGAGUGAUUAUAAUCAGAUGUUUAUUUUACAUGUAAGUCCAUAACUAUUGUACAGAAGUUUUUAUAAUUUUACAGUCCUGCAGUACGUAACCUAAUGGCACUUUUCCUUCAUUAUUAUUCAAGGAUUACGGUUUUAUAUGAAUGUAAACAAUUUUCUAUGUUCUAACAUCAGUAGAAAUAAGAUAUUUUUAACAUAUACAAAUUGCAGUGAUUGUUUUAUAGUGUGAUUGGUGGUCAGUAAUUCUGUAUUCUCAUUUGUGCUUGUCUUCCAUCUACUUUGAACAUAAUUAGGACAAUUUUUUUAGACAUUCCUUACUCUAUAUUUGUAUAGUCUUCUGUGCAUGAUUUUCUAUGAAAAUGUAUGAAUACGAUAGUUUUUUUUAUACCAUCUCAAUUAAAAUGAGGUGACUUUGGAACUAGUCAUUUUGUAGUGCAUUUUAUUUGAUAUAGGGCAAUAUAAUGGAAAGUGUCUCAUGGUCUGAGUAGAAUUUUAGUUUUUUUUGUACAUAAUUGCUAGCUUGCCCUUGUGUAAAAAAAAAAGUAAAAAUAAAAAAAAAAUUGUAUGUGAAAGAAUUGUAUGUUGUUGCUAGUGCUUUUUGUGCAUUGUUAAUUUCAAUAAAAGCUUUUGCAGUGAAUGAAAAUAAAACAUUUUGUUAAACACAAAACCAGUUCUUCAGUGGGCUUUGACUAGCUAACUUUCCAACUACUCAUUUGCAUUCUUUGUUUUUACUUUAGAAAUGACAUUAUAUAUCACCAUAAGCUACUAUUUAAAUUCUUCUUUAAUUUUGUGGCUGUUAAAAGUGCACAGUGAGCAAUAAAUCUGUAUGACACAUUAUCACAAUUUCAUAAUUACACUUGAACAUUGGUGCGGUGUUAUGUAACAGGUGUGUAAGACAGUGAAAUGUGGGUACAAAUAUUACCAUUCUGUGUAAUAACACAAAUAUUACCAUUUAAACUUCUCUCUUCGUUCAAAUUCUUGAGGCUUCAUAUAUUAUAGUGCUGUUUGAGCCAGCCAAAGCAUUUUGACCUUUGUUAAAGUUU